AUCUAAGCAUGCCUGAGUUGAGUUAUGAGGCAUGCCAAGCCACUUGGGCUGCUGGAGUGGUCGAGCUAAAUCGAAGUGACUACUGGCCUGCGACCCUUAACUUUGCCACAAUUUAUGCCACAGAUGUCUUUUUUUCAUUUGAAGAAAUGAAGAUGGCAGCACCAGGACUGUCCUGCCAAGCUUUUUCAAGAAUGCUGGAUCAGCGAACUGUCCGCUUUGGUCGUACUGGCAAGAUCUCCACAGACAGUUUUCAGAAAAGCUUUUUUGAGUGGGAGGCUGUCCAUUUUGAGGUGGAUAAAAUCUGCAAGGAAGAGCCUUUCAUCUGUCCUGCAUGCACCCCAUAUAUUCUGGCAGUUUCAGUAGAUGGAAACCGCAAGCUUUACCGUUUCAAGAAUGCAGCUAGAUCUGAAGAACAGGCCAUCUUUGAAGACGUCUUUAUAGCUAAGGAUGAAGAUGUGACAAGAUUUGUGGACUACAUUCACAAGGCAUCCAAACAUGUCAGUGGAAGAGGUGUUUGUGGAGGGGAGUGGUCAGCAGCCAGAGAGAUCUCCCAAAGAUCUGCAAGCAAGGUAGAUGAGGAGGGACUGGAGCUUGCGGUGUGUCGGCAUGGAGUGCUACUCUGUGCGUUAAAUAUGUACAGGGGGGAAAUUUUUGCUUAUCCCCUGUACCUGCAAAAACGGCUGGCUAGUAGGCAAAUCACUUUUUUUUUUGUAUGGAUGUGACCUGCAAAUAUUGGCCUUAGCUCCAAAGAAUUGCAAAAAGCUGCCCAGAGCUCCAGCACCUUCU